GAUUUCGCACUGUUGAUAAAUGAAUGAAUGUUUAACAUAAGCAAAGGAAGAACCUGGCACGCGUACAUUGAGCGAGAGUCCGUUCAACUGUGCACAACGUAUCCGAGGGUCUCCCACAAGAGCUCCAACUCAGAUAUCACUCGCGGAAACAAGAUAAAUCUUAUCGCUAUCUGACGCUUGUUCGAUUAACAGCAGCCAUAAAACAAGGUUGAUCGAUCGGGAACUCAAUCAAUUAGUGACUUCAAUUAUGUCACAGCUGUACGAACUGUCGGAGGUGGCCGAGCAGACUGGCAAGAAGGGGAAACCCUGCUGGAUCAUCAUCAAGGGCAACGUCUACGACGUGACCAAGUUCCUCAGCGAGCACCCAGGCGGGGAGGAUCUGCUGCUGGAGUACGGUGGCAAAGAUGCCAGCAAGGCCUUCCGACAGGCCGGACACUCGUCGGAUGCGGAGAAAGAAUUGAAGAACUUCAAAAUUGGUGAACUUCGAACGACUACGACGGCUCCCAUUCAAGUCCAGCCAACGUUGGACCAGGAUAAGCAGAAGAGGGUCAGCAGUCCAGCACCAACGGACGAUGCGCAGCCCAUGCAGAAGAGCUCUGGCUCGGGAUUCCUCUGCUGCUGCUAGGGGAUCAAUGGCGACGUACUACAGUGGCUAAAAGUCAUAUAAUUGAUUUAUUUAAAUAGUGUUAAUUAGUGUUAAUAACUUUAAGCUAGGAUACGACACUCAUCCCAUCCAUAAUCUAAGCCUAAGAGGAUCUAAGAACUCUGCUUACCUCGAUCAAAUAAAUUGCAAUUACUCAUCGGCCGCAGAUGUAACGAAAAA